GUAGAUGCAAUUUUUACGAUUGUCAUCGCUUAACUACAGGUAGUUAAUGGCGCGGGUAUCUUUAUCACUCUUUGGAAACUUUUUCUCUCCGCCUGACACCCCGCGUCCAGAGCCACGGUUACUGUCAGCCGAGAACCUGCAGUUGCUGACAGCAGAAUAUCUCACUCCCCUGGUCGUAGCUGCACACUUCAACUCUAUUCAAUUCGAUAAUAGGUGCUCCGUCUAGUCUAGGUCGUGACAUGGUCGUCAUUGAACUCGUGUUCAGACCUUAAAAUGGGUUGCCUUACGACGUCCCUCUGACCGAGAUCGACAACCCUUCCGACAAUGCAACCCCACAAUAUCAGUCUAAGCGCUAUGUUCUUUGCCGACAUGGGCGUAAAAACGCUGGAAAGAGGCGCCAUGAGUGAUGGAUAUUCUAUCACUUCUCAGUUGUGUAGCUAUUGCAUGACCAUGUCCGACCACGUCCUGUCCCAAAUUCCAGUUCUCCAGGGCGUCGUGGCCGCCGACUGUGAGAUUCUGCACGACCCCAACGAUGCACGGUUUCAGCAACGCUUAGCUCGAUGGACUGAUAUCGACCGGAAAGUUCCGACUGCUAUUGUUCUCCCUCGCACAGAGGGUGACUGUUUGAAGACGGUGCAAUGGGCUCUCAUGUCGAGCAUUCCAUUCGUGCCGAAAAGCGGCGGUCAUAGUACCUGGUCAACCAUUGGAUCAGAGGGAAUCAUUAUUGAUCUCAGUUUGUAUUCUGAAGUUCGUGUUGAUGCGGGUGCGCGAACAGCAACCGUGAUUGGCGGUGUUUUGGCCAAGGAAGUGUCUGUGCGUCUAGCAGAAGCGGGUUUUUUCACAGCACUCGGGAAUGGCAACAGCGUUGGUGCCAUCCCGUACCUGCUUGGUGGCGGGGGCUCAAUCACCAAUUCCAUCACCGGCUUCGGAUCGGAUCAGAUUGUGGCAGCGCGCGUAAUCACAGCAAAGGGGGAGCUGGUCGAAGUUACAGAGGGGACGCACUCGGAUCUGCUCUGGGCAUUGAAAGGAGCUGGUCAAUUCUUCGGCCUGGUCACUCAGCUCACGGUUCGUGCGCACCCCUUGUCGCUACUGCGGAAACGACAGGGCUUGAUAUGGGUGGGGGCCUUUAUCUUCCCACUUGAUCGGGCGGUGGAGGUGGCUCGAGUCAUGAAGCAAAUCAUGAAUGAUCCCCAACACGCGACGGCGGGCCUCAUGAUGAUCAUUGCCCCGCCUCCCGCGCGCGUUCCAUCCCUGGUGAUUUCUGCCCGUUAUACCGGCGAUGAGGCCCCGGAAGUGCCGUUCAAAGCUUUGUAUGACCUUCAGCCAACCGCUACAAUGGGCAGAGAUCUACCUAUCCAGAACGUCAAUGAUGAGCGAGAAGCGCUAUGCGCCAAAGGUGACUUCAAGAGGUUCGGUAUCGUAGGGUUGCAUGAAUUUCGUAUCGACGGAUUUAUGCAGGCCAUCGAGGUCUGGAAGAAAUUGACCCAUGAGUGUCCUGAUGCCAUAAAUUCAGCCUUCAACUUACAGUGGGACUCGCGACCGGUUAAGGCGCCCGAGAAGGAGUCGGCCAUGUCGUCGCAUGAUAUCCGCUACUGGCAGGUCAACAUUAUCUGGCAUACAGAUGAAAAGAACAGACGCAAGGUCGACAAAUACAACGAUGAGUGCGUUGCUCUGAUGCGGGGCCCGGACGAAACACGAUACAUCGACUUCCAGAAUGCGACUCGGACGGGACCUAUCCGGCGACGGUAUCGGGGAGAGGCUCGGCUGAAAAAGCUUCGACAGCUCAAGAGAGAAUGGGAUCCUCAGGGUGUGUUUACCAGGCAAUUGCUGGAUAUUGAUUAAAUACAAAUGAUACAACGAAUUAGACUGUUGAUAAAGACGG